GGGAAGGAAGAAGGAGGAAGAAAGAUGGCGGCGGCCAGCGGCUGGGCGCUGCGGCGGAGCGUGGCGGGCCUGGCCCGGGAGGUGCGCACCUUUUGCGGUGGCGGCAGCAGGCGGGCAGCAGCGGCGGCGGAGGAGGAGGAGAAGAAGAAGGGGCCGGUGCGAGCUGAGCAUCUGGCGGAGCGGCUGCGAGAGCGGAAGAGGGAGGAAAAGCAGCGAGAGGUCCCUAGAGACCCCGCGCAGAGGCGGGUGCGGGAGCUGGCCAUGCUGAGCGCGGGGCUGCAGCACGUUCACCCCAACGUCCUGGCCAAAAUGCUGAAGCAGGCAACAGUGUACCAAAACGAGGAGAUCGUGGUGAUCAACAAACCCUACGGGCUGCCUGUGCACGGUGGCCCUGGGAUCAAGAAUUGUAUCACUGAUGUGCUGCCAAUUUUGGCCAAGAUGCUGGAGAACAUGAAGGCUGAACCCCUCCACCUCUGCCACCGGCUGGACAAGGAGACCACGGGUGUGAUGGUGCUGGCGCGGAGCAAAGAGGCAGCAGACAGGAUCCGGCUUCUCUUCAAGACUCGUCAGGUGGAGAAGAUUUACUGGGCAAUCAGCCUGGGGGAGCCAGACCCCACUGAGGGCAUCGUGGACAUCCCCAUCUUGGAGAAGGAGGUGCAGAGCCACCAGUCGCACUACAAGAGGACACUGGCCCCCAGCUACCGCAUUUCUCCAGAGGAUGGGAAGGUGGUGAGAACCCGGAGGAACCGGAGCGCCGAGAGCGCCGUGACACGGUACCGGCUCCUGGCCAGCUCUGCUGCCUGCUCGCUGCUGGAGCUCCAGCCCAUCACUGGGGUGAAGCACCAGAUCCGGGUUCACCUGGCCUAUGGCUUGGGCUGCCCUAUCCUGGGGGAUCACAAAUACUCCCACUGGAGCAAGUUGGCACCUCAGAAGCUUCCUAAAAUCACCUUGAAGAGGCUGAAGCUGGAGCAGAGCAAGGCUCGCCACCUCCCGCUCCACCUGCAUGCCCACCGGCUCUCCCUGCCCCUGGGCGAGCGGCUGGACCUCGUCUGCAAACCACCCCCCUUCUUCCACAAGACUCUGAGGAACCUGGAGCUGGACUUUGCCAAAGAUUAACAGGGCAGGAAGGGAGAGGUGACAUGGAUCUCCACAUCCCUGGCAUGUAUAGUGCUGCGUCCUGCUGCUUGGCAGCAGAGUCCACCUUGGAGACAGCGGUGAGAUGAAGUCCACAGUCCCUGCUGCUUACCAG